AUUGUUUCUUGUAUUUAUUCACGCCAUACACUACCUAACUAAAACCAUAACAAAACACAAAAACAGAGUCACUCUGCCAAUUGCCAAAGGCUUCAAAGCAAUGAAGCCACCUCCCUCCUCUUCUUCUUCGCCUUCUAUUCUCAGAAAAACUCGUCUUUCUCCUUUUCUAUUCACUUUAUUAGCUUUUAUUGUCUUUGUCACCAUUCUUUAUAGUGAAGAUUUUAGCUGCAUUUUUAGCCAGCUUGAAUAUUCUAGUCUAUCUGGUCCUCCCAAUUCCGUUUCAAGAAUCAAGAAGAACAAGAAGUUGCCAUUUGCCAUUGGAGAGACAGAGGAAGGGUGCGACUUGUUCAGUGGGAGGUGGGUUCGUGAUUACAGCCGACCGCUAUACGAGGAAGAGGAGUGUCCUUAUAUACAGCCACAGUUAACUUGCCAAGAACAUGGACGACCAGACAAAGAUUAUCAGCAUUGGAGAUGGCAACCUCAUAGUUGUUCUCUUCCAAGUUUCAAUGCGACACUAAUGCUGGAAACUCUUCGAGGAAAGAGGAUGCUAUACGUGGGAGAUUCCUUAAACAGAGGACAAUAUAUUUCAAUGGUUUGUCUUCUCCACAGACUCAUUCCUGAGAAUGCUAAGUCCAUGGAAACUUUUGGCUCCCUCUCUGUCUUCACAGCCAAGGAUUACAACGCGACGAUUGAGUUCUACUGGGCACCAUUUUUGCUGGAAUCAAAUGCUGAUGAUGCAGUGGUACAUAGAAUAUCUGAUAGAGUUGUGAGGAAAGGUUCAAUAAAUAAGCACGGAAAGAAUUGGAAAGGGGCUGAUAUAGUCGUUUUCAAUACUUAUCUUUGGUGGAUGACCGGCCUAGAAUUUAACAUUUUGCAAGGGUCUUUUGAGGAUGAGGUGAAGGAUAUAGCGAUAGUAUCAACAGAGGAUGCAUAUCGAAUGGGAAUGAAGAGUAUGCUGAGAUGGGUGAAAAAGAACAUGGAUCCAAAGAAAACCAGAGUCUUUUUCACUAGCAUGUCACCUUCUCAUCAAAAGAGCAUAGAUUGGGGAGGAGAACCGAAUAAGAACUGUUACAAUGAAACAAAAAUUAUAGAGGACCCAACUUACUGGGGAUCAGAUAGCAGAAAAAGUAUAAUGCAAGUGAUUGGAGAAGUGUUUCGUAAAACAAAGGUACCCAUUACAUUUCUCAACAUCACACAGCUCUCAAGUUACAGAAAAGAUGCUCACACUUCAAUUUACAAGAAACAAUGGAAUCCAUUAACAACAGAGCAAUUGGCAAAUCCAGUAAGCUACGCUGAUUGUGUGCAUUGGUGUUUGCCUGGUCUUCAAGAUACUUGGAAUGAGCUUUUAUUCGCCAAACUUUUCUAUCCUUGAGAUCUUAAGAGCAUGAAACAAAUUCGUAUUACCACACUUUCAAAAUGGUUGUGUGGAGGAGGAUGAUAUCAAUUUCGUUACCUAGUUUUUGAUUUGUUUUUUUUGGAUGACAUUUGCGGACAGAAAAUUGUUUUAACAAAAUGAAAUAUCUGUGUAUAAAUGUAGUGAUUCUUGCAAAAAUUGUGAAAGGAAAAAUUCUUGCAA